AGGGGGAGGCAUCAGGGGGAGAGGCGAAGAAGCAGAGGCAGAAGAGGGGGACGGCCACAGACCCCCACUCUGUGGCAGCUAGGGGUGAGACGAUUGCAUGGUCUUGCGUGCUGCCUGCCUUCCCCAAGCCUCAUACCCUUCCUGCGUUUCCCUUCCCCACAUCUCCCUUCCCCACAUCUCCCUUUCCUUCUCCCCCUGCUGUGCCACGACCACAUCAACCAGCGCAUGCGCGCGCAGUACGAUGUGGUGCCCAUCUGUUUGCCCGCAUCUAUGUGCCGCACAGCCCUCUCAUGUAUCUGCUUCCGCCCUUUCCUGACCUGACUGCCCCCGUCAGCUGCGGCGCGACCGCAUCAGCCAGCGCAUGCGUGCGCUGUAUGACCUGGUGCCGAAUGCGCGCAACACGGACACGGCCUCCAUGCUGGACGAGGCGAUUCAAUAUGUGCGCACGCUGCAGGAGCAAGUGCAGGCAAUUCAAUACGUGCGCACGCUGCAGGAGCAAGUGCAGACUCUGAAGAAGGAGAAGGGCGAGAGCCAGGUCACGUCGUCGACUCUGAAGAAGGAGAAGGGCGAGAGCCAGGUCACGUCGUCGGUGGGCACGGGCAGCAUGGGGCGGGCGGCAGACAGCAACAACGAGGACGAUGAGGGCGGCAGCAGGAGCGCAGGGCAGCAGAGCCUGGGGCAGGCUGGGUACGGAGGUGCGGAUGACGGGUUUGGCUCGGAAAACGAGGUCUGGGAGGGGAGUGCGCAGCCCUCCCCCAUGGGCAGCGGCAUGGGCAGCCGGAAAGAUUCGCUCCAGCUGCUUUCUGACCGGCAAGGGAGCGGGGAUUUUGGGGGCGUGGGGCGGGAGGUUGGGGAUGUGAAGGUGGAUGGGGGGUUCAGAGGGGUUGGGGUGGGUGUGGAGGGGUAUGUGAAGGCUGAGCCAGAAAGUGAUGAUCUCGCUGCACCACAAGAGCUGGAGCAGCAGCAGCAGCAGCAGCAGCAGCACUAUCACCACAGUCAUAGCCAGCAGCAGCACCAUCAUAAUCACCAUCAUCGCCAUCAUCACCAUCAGCAGCAGCAGCAGCAGCAUCAUGCACUAGACCCCUCAGGCUCAGAUUUGGGUGCAACUGCUGGGAUGCUUGCUGCUGGUGGGUCAGUGGAUGGGGUGAAGGGCAGUAACCAUGGGGAUCUUGUAACGGAAGCUGCUGCUGUAACUGGGCUGGAGAGUAUGAUUGUGGGUGCCACGGAGGUGGAGUGGCCAGGGGAGAUUGAGCUGACGCUGGAAGAUAUGAACAUGGUGGAUCUUGGUGGGUGGGACUUCGACUCCUGAGGGAGGCACCCUGACCUAUGAUUUAUUACAACGGUGCUCCUAGGACAUGGUUGAAUGUAUUAUUUAUAAUCCUCGGUAGUUUUUGCUAUAGCCGCCCUUCAGGCAGGGUUUAACCGUCAACCCUUGUUUCAAUUAUUUGAAGUUGUGUUCUUGCAAACGAUCAGAUUUGGCUGGU